AUGAACGUCGAAGGAAAAACAAGCAGUGUUGAGCCGGGAGGGGCUCCCUGGCAGUCAGCCAUCGAGAUGAAUGGCGGGAUUCUCCGGUCAGAGACCCUCAACUCGACCAGCUCCACCUCCACCCAACGCAAGAAGCGGGAGCACGCCAAGAAGCCGGUGCAAUGCACGACCACGGUGAUCCGGGCCCCGCGGGUGCUCUUCUGCCUCCGGCUCGGGAACCCCAUCCGCAUGGCAGCCAUCGCUAUCGUGGAGUGGAAACCAUUUGACAUAUUCAUCCUGCUGGCCAUCUUCGCCAACUGUGUGGCUCUUGGGGUCGCCAAGCCUUUCCCAGAGGACGACUCCAACCCCACAAACCAUGCCCUGGAGCGAGUGGAGUAUGUGUUCAUGGUUAUCUUCACCAUUGAGACCUUCAUGAAAAUCCUGGCAUAUGGCUUGAUUCUGCACCCCAACGCCUACAUUCGCAGUGGCUGGAACUUGCUGGACUUCGUCAUUGUCGUUGUCGGCCUGUUCAGCAUGGUACUGGAGGGGACAUCCAACAAGUCUGGGGAGUCCCACCACACAGGAGGAAAACCUGGUGGACUGGAUGUGAAAGCUUUGAGGGCCUUCAGGGUGUUGAGGCCACUGCGGCUGGUCUCAGGAGUUCCCAGUCUUCAGAUUGUGCUGAACUCCAUUAUGAAAGCCAUGGUCCCACUGCUGCACAUCUCCUUGCUGGUCCUAUUUGUCAUCAUCAUCUAUGCUAUCAUCGGCUUGGAACUCUUCAUCGGCAGGAUGCACAAGACGUGUUAUUACAAAGGCGCAGACCUCAUUGUUGAUGAUGAACCAGUGCCCUGCGCAUCUGCGGGAUACGGCCGCCAGUGUGAAAAGAACGGGACAGAGUGUAGGGGCAAGUGGGAGGGCCCCAAUGGAGGAAUCACCAACUUUGACAACUUCUUCUUUGCCAUGCUAACGGUCUUCCAGUGCGUCACCAUGGAGGGCUGGACCGAUGUGCUCUACUGGAUGAAUGAUGCCAUCGGGUAUGAGCUGCCCUGGAUAUACUUUGUCAGCCUGGUCCUCUUUGGCUCCUUCUUUGUCCUCAACCUCGUUCUGGGUGUGUUGAGUGGGGAGUUCUCCAAGGAAAGAGAGAAAGCGGUGGCACGGGGAGACCUGCAGAGAGCCAAUGCAAGGCAGCAGAUGGAGGAGGACAUGCUUGGGUAUAUGGACUGGCUGGAGCAGGCUGAAGACAUUGAUGAAGAUGAUGAAGAAGCCAAGAAAAACAGUGACUCAGACUCUGAGGACUUCGAGAACAUUGACCUUGACGACGAUGGUUGUUGUGCCUCCUGCUGUGACGAGCUGUGCAAAUGGAACCACUCAUUUCGCAAGAAAUGCAGAUCUGCAGUCAAGUCUGUCACGUUCUACUGGGUUGUGCUUCUGCUGGUCUUCUUAAACACAGCAGCCAGCGCAUCUGAGCACUACAAUCAGCCCGAGUGGCUGACUGGGGUUCAGGAAACUGCUAAUCGGGUGUUAUUAACACUUUUCACCCUGGAGAUGUUGCUGAAGAUGUACAGCUUGGGGCUGCAGCUCUACUUCCUGGCUUUCUUCAACCGAUUUGACUGUUUCGUUGUGUGUGGUGGUAUUGUGGAGACUAUCUUGGUGGAGAUGAACAUAAUGCCCCCACUGGGCAUUGCUGUGAUGCGAUGCGUCAGGUUGCUGCGAAUCUUCAAGGUUACACGCCACUGGAAUUCCCUGUCCAACCUGGUGGCUUCCUUGAUCAAUUCCAUGAAGGCCAUCGCUUCCCUGCUCCUCCUCCUCUUUCUCUAUCUCACCAUCUUCGCUCUGCUGGGGAUGCAGCUUUUUGGGGGAAAGUUCAACUUUGAUGAGACGCAGACCAAGCGGAGUACUUUCGACAGCUUUCCUGCCGCCUUGCUCACCUGUUUUCAGAUCCUGACAGGUGAGGACUGGAACUCGGUCAUGUAUGAUGGCAUCAUGGCUUAUGGUGGCCCGAACUUCCCUGGCAUGAUUGUCUGUAUAUACUUUGUGAUCCUCUUUGUCUGUGGAAACUACAUCCUGCUGAAUGUCUUUCUUGCCAUCGCCGUGGAUAACCUGGCCACCGGAAAAGGAGGGCAAAAAGAAGGAGUAAGAUGGGGGCCACAGACUAAUCUUACAAAAGGGUUAGAUUCAGGCAAGGGAGUGAGAUAGAGAUGUAUAAAAUUGGAAAAAAAAGUGGAGGAAGAGGAGGAGGAUGAGGAAGAUGAAGCAGAAAAGGAAGCAGGAAAACAGCUAAACAUGGCUAACUUUGCCCCUCCCAUUGAGAAAAUUGUCCCCAUCCCAGAGGGGUCUUCAUUCUUCUGUCUCAGAAAGCACAAUGGGUUCCGAAAAGGAUGCCACAAGCUCAUCCACCACCCGAUCUACACAAACCUCAUCCUCCUUUUUAUUAUCCUUAGUAGCAUCUCUUUGGCUGCCGAGGACCCCAUCAGGACCCAUUCUUUCCGGAACACGGUCUUGGGCUAUGCGGACUACGCGUUCACGUCAAUAUUUACCGUGGAGAUUAUACUGAAGAUGACCGUUUAUGGGGCUUUCCUGCACGAAGGCUCGUUUUGCAGGAACUGGUUCAACCUCCUGGACCUGUUGGUCGUCAGCGUGUCGCUCAUGUCCUUUUUUCUCCACUCCAGUGCUAUCUCCGUGGUUAAGAUACUCAGAGUCCUGAGAGUACUGCGGCCUCUCCGGGCCAUUAACAGAGCCAAGGGACUUAAGAACGUGGUCCAGUGUGUGUUCGUGGCCAUUAGGACCAUUGGGAAUAUCCUGAUCGUAACCACGCUGCUGCUAUUCAUGUUUGCCUGCAUUGGAGUGCAGCUCUUCAAGGGGAAGUUCUACGCCUGCACUGAUGAAGCCAAGCACACACCAGAAGAAUGCAAGGGGACGUUCGUGGUGUACAAGGAUGGGGACGUGAACCACCCCAUGGUGAGGGAGAGGGUCUGGUACAAUAAUGAGUUCAAUUUUGACAACGUGCCUCAGGGGAUGAUGGCCCUCUUCACCGUGUCUACCUUCGAGGGCUGGCCUGCCCUUUUGUACAAAGCCAUCGAUGCCAACGCCGAGAAUCAAGGUCCCAUCUACAACUACCGCGUGGAGAUUUCCAUUUUCUUCGUCAUCUACAUCAUCAUCAUCGCCUUCUUCAUGAUGAACAUCUUCGUGGGCUUCGUCAUCAUAACGUUCCGUGAACAGGGCGAGGCCGAGUAUAAGAACUGUGAAUUGAACAAGAACCAGAGGCAGUGUGUAUACUAUGCACUGAAGGCCCAACCUCUGAGACUCUACAUCCCCAAGAAUCCAACACAGCUGAAGUUCUGGACAAUCAUCAACUCCACUGCGUUUGAGUACAUCAUGUUCGCCCUGAUCCUGCUCAACACGGUCACACUGGCAGUACAGCAUUACGAUCAGUCCAAGCUCUUCAGUUCUGUCAUGGACAUGCUCAAUAUAGUCUUCACAUGUCUCUUCACUGUGGAGAUGGUGCUCAAGCUUCUGGCUUUGCGCUUCAGGCACUACUUUAUGGAUGCCUGGAACUCUUUUGACGCUCUUAUCGUGGUGGGCAGUGUCCUGGACAUCCUGCUGACGGAGCUGAGUGGCUCAGAGGAAAGCUCCAGGGUGUCCAUCACUUUCUUCCGCCUUUUCCGAGUGAUGCGAUUAGUCAAGCUGCUAAACAAGGGGGAAGGCAUCCGCACUCUGCUCUGGACCUUUGUCAAGUCCCUCCAGGCGCUGCCCUACGUUGGCCUCCUCAUCGCCAUGAUCUUCUUCAUCUAUGCUGUCAUCGGCAUGCAGACUUUUGGGAAGAUAGCUCUGCAGGACAACACCAGCAUCAACCGGAACAACAACUUCCAGACGUUCCCACAGGCAGUGCUGCUGCUCUUCAGGUGUGCAACUGGAGAGGCCUGGCAGGAGAUCAUGCUGGCCGCCCUCCCGGGAAAGCUGUGUGACCCCGAGUCAGACUACGAGCCGGGCGAGGAGUACACAUGUGGCAGCAACCUGGCCAUCGUCUACUUCAUUAGCUUCUUCAUGCUCUGCGCGUUCCUGAUUAUUAACCUCUUUAUCGCCGUUAUCAUGGACAACUUUGACUAUCUGACACGCGAUUGGUCCAUUCUUGGCCCCCAUCACCUUGAUGAGUUUAAAAGAUUGUGGUCUGAGUAUGACCCUGAGGCCAGUGGCCGCAUUAAGCAUCUGGACCUGGUAACGCUGCUUCGCAGGAUUCAGCCUCCGCUGGGCUUUGGGAAGUUGUGUCCUCAUCGAGUCGCCUGCAAGAGACUGGUGGCCAUGAACAUGCCACUGAGAGGUGAUGGUAUGGUGACCUUCAACGCCACGCUGUUCGCCCUGGUCAGGACGGCACUAAAGAUCCGCACGGAUGGCCCCCCGGAGGUGGACAAUGAGGAGUUAAGGCUCAUCAUUAAGAAAAUCUGGAAACAUACAAAACCCAAACUUCUGGAUGAAGUCCUUCCAGCUAGAGAGGAGGGAGAAAUAACACUGGGGAAGUUCUACGCCAGCUUUGUAAUCCAGGACUACUUCAGAAAAUACCGGAAGAGAAAAAAUAACCGGAAGAAGAAGAAGGACAAGUCCUCUGCCCUGCAGGCUGGCUUACGUACCCUGCAAGACCUGGGCCCUGAGAUGCGGCUGGCCAUGUCAUGUGACCUGGAGGGGGAGGAGGAGGAAAUAGGGGAGACGUGGGAGUCGAAGGAGGAUGAGGACUUCUGCAGGAGUGACGACGUGCACAAGGAGGACAUGGAGCUGCCACCCAAAGACAACUUUCUCCCCAAGUCACCAGAUCUCCACGACACAUGUGUGUCGGCCCAGGAGGAGGAGUUGGAGGAGGUCGUGUCCUUUGAGGAGGCAGCCGACGAGCCUCUCGAAGAGGAAGGGGAGCUGGAGGAGGAGCUGGAGGAAGUAGAAAUUGAGCCCCCCCCUCAGAUAAUCCAGCAAGAGCGAUUAACAAAUGAGGAGGUGAUAGUCCAGCAGCCGAAAUUCACCAACAGCAGCAGGUACAGCCUUGUGUCCCAGCAGGAAUACGCCCCCGAGGUUGGCGAGGAGAAUGGCUCAGUUGUACAGGGCUACUACACCCGGGAGGAGGACACGGAGAGCACAACAUCCCGGGAAAGGCCCUGGUACCCUGAAGCCCCCCCGUUAUACCGUGGGCACCGCGAGCACAUCUACGAUGUACAGCCUGCCAACCAUGUGGCCUACGGACCCCCCCACAGCAACGGGGAGGCACAGAGAACGGGCCAUCAGCGCCGGCGCCUGCUCCCAGCCACCCCCACCGGACGAAAACCUUCAUUUAAUAUCCAAUCUCUGGGGUACCAAAGCAGCAAUGGCGACACUCCCAUCUCCGGAAUCUAUCGGGAAAACUCGCCACCCUGCCGAAAACGUGUGCAGACAUACAGCACCAUUGAUCCUCAUCGUUGCAGCUGGUCCUCUGUAGCAUCACCCUCCUCCUCCACCUGGGCCAACACAGGCCCGCAACAUGGCCGCCUGCUCUACACUCCCCUCAUCCUGGUGGAGGAAGAGGGGCAAAGGGCCCCAGGCCUGACCACCUGGGCGGACGAGGUGACGGGUAGUGCCAGCCUGCCUGCUGCCACGUGUGUGCCCGGCUGGUUCACGGAUGGCAGCCGGACAUUAUCCAGCCUGGGGGUGCCCUCCCAGUUCAGCUCGCCGAACCUGGAGAAGAGAGGCAGCGCAGACAGCCUGGUGGAAUCGGUCCUCAUCUCCGAGGGGCUGGGCCUUUAUGCCAAGGACCCAAAGUUUGUAGACUUCGCCAAGCGGGAGAUCGCCAGCGCCUGCAACAUGACCGUUGACGAGAUGGAGAACGCAGCCAAUGACUUGCUGAGUCGAGGGAACCUCCGACGGCGUGACCCUGAGGCAGGGCUCGUGUACAGCGAUGAUGAGAUUACAUGGGGCCACAUCGAAGAGGACUUGGCGGACGAGAUGAACUGCAUGUGA